AUGCCAAGCUACUCGAGUGACCAGUUCCUGAAGGAUUGGCGGUACGCCAUCAAGCAAGACUUCACUACAUCUCAAGGGAACCCAUUCCCAUAUGCUGAGAACGGCAAACAGCAAUGGGAUGAUGAGAUCAAGAAGGUUACCCUUGAAAGGCAGCCACAUACCGGUUCUGUGAGCAGCAAUGGAAAGUAUCUUGCUCUUGGAAUCGACCAUUUCAUCCAUAUUAUCGAUACCCAGAGCUGGAAUACCAUUGCAGUUCUGAGGGGUCAUACAAACAAAGUUGAAGCCCUGGCAUUCAGAACCGACCGCUCAGACGUGCUAGUCUCGAGUGAAGAGCAGGUAUACGACGACUCGGGGAAUUCUGAACCACCUAAGAUCAUUCUAUGGAACAUCGAAGAAGAAAAGUCAGCACCGAGACUGAGUGACGAUCAGGUACGAAAUGCCAGUCAGGCCGCUCUUUCAGCUGCUGCAGACAAGUUGGCGGAAGCCGGUAUCAAUCUAAGCAAGGACGAACUCCGCCAUCUAGAUGUAACUCUCGGGCCUGCUGUCAGUCGCACUGUCUCCAAGCACAUCGCGGCGAGUAAAAUGACCAUAGAAGGCCGACUACAAUCAGCUCUCGGGUCUCAAAUUUUCAGCCCUUCAGGAAGCUGGAUGACAUAUUUGCCUGGAGAGUCACCUGUCUCGAAUGGAGAUGAUUCAUGGGAUAUUCAGAUCGUUUCUUCUGACGAUCUUUCCAAGGGGCUGGUUCUGAAGGGCCAUACCGAUGUAGUCAUGUGGACAGGAUGGAGCCUCGAUGAAUCAGUCUUUGCUUCUGUGUCAUGGGACGAAUCGAUCCGUAUUUGGGAUGCUAUUACGGGGGAGCAAAAGUACAAAUUCAAGACCGAGGGGCAGAACUGGGCAGGUGUUUUCAGUCCUGACUCGAGCUACUUCGCAGCAACGGACGGACUAAGCAACGUGUGGGUUUAUUCCCUGGCUGACGGAGGGCAGCACUGGGUAUACAAAGGGCAACGAUCUGAUCGCUGGAGAAGGACUCUUGCAUGGCACCCAACCAACCCGUGGCUUGCUGUAGGUGGAGAGAGCAAUGGCGAGCUACUUCUCCUUGAUAUUAGUAAGAAGAUCUUGCUACAAAAACGACUAUUCUCUACAGAUGCUUGUCCAGUGGACAAGGAGUCUCGUGAUAUGAUGGAAGACUUCGCUGGGACGUUGGAAACGAGGUUCUUCGACGGUGGAAAUAAGCUUGCAGUUUGGGCAUUCGGUGAUUGGAGUAUUGAAGUCUACGACCUCAAACAGGAAGUUAAGUGGCGGUUUGCAAGAGGUGGCACAGAAGAUGGGCCAAACGCUGGCAAGUGGAGGAACGAACAGGGCAAGGUCACUAGCAAGGGGGGUUACGAAAUGCUGGCUUAG